GAUUUAUACACGGAAUACAACUUGUGGAAGGACUCUUACAAUUUUUUUGAAAUCGCCAGUGGAACUAUAAAUGCACAGGAUCCGGUAAGAAGAGCUACUCUAUUACACUGUAUUGGAGGGCCUACGCAGAGGAUUUUUGCUAAUUUGCCGGGUGAUAAAAACACCUAUGCACAGACUGUUGCCGCUCUAGACGCUUAUUUUACACCACGGAGAAAUGUGGUUUUGGAAAGACACAAGUUUAGACAGAGAGCUCAGUGUCAAGAUGAGACAGUGGAUGCGUUUGUGAAUGCGCUGAGAGAACUGGCAAAAUCAUGCAAUUUUGGCGCACUGGAAAAUGAUAUGAUAAGAGAUCAAAUUGUGGAGAAGUGUAACAUAAGGAAACUGCGUGAUAAACUGUUACAGGAAGAAGGGCUUAGUCUAGACAAAGCACUGUCAACUGCUAGAGCCUUUGAAGCAGCACAAGCUGAAUCAAAAAUAUUCACAGAAAGUAUCGGUCAUAAAACAAGAGACAAUCAAGUCAACUUUAUCAGAAAAACCUCAAGAGCAGAAUUCAGACAGAAGGCUGGAACCACGGGAGGAAGGAAAGGUAGCCAAGAGCAAGCCAACAGCGACACCCAGUGUCACAGAUGUGGAAUGGACACACAUACAGCAAAUGAC